AUGACAUACUGCCCGACGCGUCUUCUCGAGAUUGACCAGCCAGAGGCUAACAAAUUGCGGUUGCGGCUGUGUUCUGAGCUAGAUAAUACUCUCCUGCAAUAUGCAACACUCAGCCAUUGUUGGGGAACCUCGAAAACUCUGAGGUUAACCUCAGAUUCGUUCCAACGCUUCAGAGAUGGUGUGGACGUGUCUGAACUGGCGAAGACAUUUCAGGACGCUGUAUUUGCCGCGAAGUCACUUGGAAUCAAGUUGCUGUGGAUAGACUCGUUUUGUAUCUUCCAGGACUCCAAGGAAGACUGGCAGCAGGAAGCAGCACUCAUGAGCCAAGUUUACCGUCAUAGCUUCCUCAACAUUGCAGCCAGUAUAGCGGUCGAUAGCGAUGCCGGUUGCUUUCGUGAAAGAGUUUCUACUGCUGAGCGCUACCUCAUUCAGACUACAUGGACCGAUUAUCCCAACGACACUUAUUACCUCUACAAUAUGAACUACUGGGCGGACAACUUCAUAUCCACACCCCUGAAAAAGCGCGCAUGGGUUGUUCAGGAACUCGCUUUGGCUCCCAGAGCGCUUCAUCUCUGUGGUGAUCAGCUAUUUUGGGAAUGUCAUGGCUUGGAUGCUUGUGAAACCUGGCCUACCGGACCACCACCAAACAUGUGGGUGAGCCACGCAGAAUUGAGAUCGUAUUCCGCCUCCAUCGAAGUCUUUGGCUUCCCCCGGACUGACGAUAGUGAGAGUGUGUAUAUCUCUACUGAUGAGAAUGAUAAACUCAACACGACUACAUUCCGAGAGCUAUGGAAACACAUCGUGAGCAACUACAACAUGUGCGACUUGACAUUUCCGAGCGACAAGCUAGUUGCUCUAUCCGGUAUUGCAAAGCACAUGGAGCAGCUCCUCAAGAUUGACUACUGGGCAGGACUCUGGGCUUUUGACCUCAUUCCAGAGUUGAUUUGGUACAUUCGCGAACCAUCCAUACCCAACCCGGAAGCAGAUACUAUCGUUUAUCGUGCGCCUUCGUGGUCAUGGGCAUGUAUGGACGGGGAAGUAGAUUGGAUUGCGUGGAGGGGGCAGUUCUUAGUCGACAUCGUCUGUUGCGACAUCAGAACCGCGACAGCGGAUCGGACAGGUGCGGUCAUUAGCGCUGCUUUGCAACUAUCCGGUUGGUUGGCAACUAUUGAGAUCCGCCCAAGGCCCAAGGGAUGGGAUGUUUAUAUCAAUGGAAGGUGGAGUAGCUUGGGUGGUGCGCAUGUUUAUCUUGAUCGUCCUCUCGCAUGGUCCCAACUACACUGUUUACCCCUCGAAGAUCAUGGUUUAUUGAACACUCUUCUUCUCAUACCUACUGGAGUCACACGUGGUCAAUUCCAAAGGGUGGGAAUCGCUGUAAUGGGCAUUGGAACAUUCGGGCAAGAGGAUUGCGAUCAGCUCGCACACGUCACGAACGAAUCAUGGUUAGAGUACGAGGCAAUAGGUGAUGACGGUAAAUGCACGAUCACAAUAGUAUGA